ACAUUACACUUAGUCUUGAGAUUGAGAGGUGGUAUGCAAAUCUUCGUCAAGACCUUGACCGGUAAGACUAUCACUUUAGAAGUCGAAUCUUCUGACACCAUUGAUAAUGUCAAGUCCAAGAUCCAAGAUAAGGAAGGUAUUCCACCUGACCAACAAAGAUUAAUUUUUGCUGGUAAGCAAUUAGAAGAUGGCAGAACUUUAUCUGACUACAACAUUCAAAAGGAAUCUACCUUACACUUGGUCUUAAGAUUAAGAGGUGGUUUCUAG